AUGGCAAGCUUACUUGGCCAUUUGCACUUCUGGUCAUUGAGGAAGUUUGCAAACAGGACAGGCAAGUGUGACUAAAAAUUCCAUUGCUCUCACCGGCUAAAGAAUCCUCAGCUUCCCGUGAGCUUUAAAAUUUCGAAGCGACAGAAGUAGUUUUCCAUCACAAUAAUAUCAAAUGCUAUUGUUAUCAAAGUCUUAUCGAAGUGAGAAGUGUAUGUCGUAUAAAAAAUUAAAAGGGUGUCAUGAUCGGUGUUAAAACACUCAUGAUUAACAGUGAAAGAACCUUAGUCCUCAUUUGUCAGUAAAAGUUUGAGAGAUGAUAUUUAUUCAAAUGUUGCUUUGAUAAAGCUAUGAGGAUUUUGUGACUAAAAUUGCAGCAGUCUGCUUUCAAUAAUCCUUUGAAAAACGUUGUUUCCAUAGAUUUUGUUUUUCCCAGUUUAAAAAUUUUUACUAUGGGCACGAUCAUAAAUAUAGAUUAGGAGAGGGAAAGUAUCAGUGGCUUCUUUGAUAAUUCAUCGGAAGACCCAUGAAAACUAUUUAUGGUUCAAUGUAAAUAAAUUAAACCUGUUUUGAUCCUGAAUAUUCGUGUUUAGUAGUAAAUCUGAACACACUCCUUGUGGAAUGGGUAAUAUUUAUGUUAUUUUCUGUCCAACACAGGUUCUGAUAUUGGCACCCAUAUUUACCAUGAUAAAGCUUCUGGUACAGGUGGCAAUUUUUUUGUUUACUGUUCUAUGUAAAGGAUUUGAUUUUCCAUUAAUGGUAUUUUUGUGAAAAUGGUAUGUUGGAAGAUAUCCUAUGAGAAAAACUUGUCUCAUAAGUGGAAAAAUUUCCUCUGAAAAUUGAUUUGAACCUGGAAGUAUCAGUUGAUUACUAAGUGUAAACUUCCAGGUGAAGGAAUUUCUCAAAUAAAUUUUGCCUCUGAUGAUGGGUUAAAUUUGGAAAACAUGAUGAUCAACCAUAAUACUUCAACAUCUCAUGACGGAAUUCAGUAUCCUUUUUGCAUAUACAAAAUUUUAUCUUCCUCACACCUUUCUGCACCCUUUUUAGCAAAGAACAGGAGCAUAGCCGGGAUUUUUCAAAGGGAGAAUCACAUUGUUUCAAACAGAGGAUACUCACUUGAUUGCUAUGUUGACCUCCAUACCAUGUUUACUUUUAAAAAAGGCUUAUAAAGGGGGAUCAUGGACAUCCCGGGUCCUCCCCUCUCUUGCUAAGCUGUUGAAGAAUUAUUAUAGGAAGUGUUUACCUCUUCUCCUCCCUGGAGAGUUAAUUGAGUGUAUUCAUUGGUCUACUAGGCCCUGCAGGGGACACAUCUUACUCUGAACAAAGGAGACUUUGGGGAGAGGACAGGGGAAUAUCAUGGACACCAAAAAACCGUAGACCAGAGAAGCUAAGAGAUGUUCUUAAAGAGUGUGAGGUCAGGAGCUGCCUGUCUAAGUCUUUUUUUCUACUUAUUUUAUCAAGACAUAAUUGAAUAGUUAGCAAAGGAGAAAUCAAUAAUUGUUAUAUCUUUGGAAUGUUUUUUAAAGAAAAUAUUCUUAUUUAUUGUGAAAUUAAAAAAGCUAUGUGACUAUCAAACUGAGGGUGAAUUUUGGCAAACUUUUAAUUUUUUUUUCAAGAACAAUACCUUAUAUUUUCAACUUUUAUGUAGUUUUAAUGUUACAUUGUUCUUAACUCUACAGGGUCUUCUUCUUCAAAUGCAGUGAAGAGACUCUUUAGAAACAAAAGUUGUUAGAUCAAUGAAAUUGUAGAAUCAUUCUUUGCAUAUUUCUAAUCCAUCGUCUGCUUACUUUGAUUUUUUUUCCUUUUUGAAGGAUUUGUUACAGCAGAACAGAGUCCUUGAUGUUCAAUGGAGAACUUUAAGAAAUAUACAGGUGAAUCAGGGUCAGGGUUUGGGUUAAAAAAGAGACAAAAAAAUUUAAUAUUUAAGGAACACACAUGAAACUGACAGUUGCAGUGACCUGUUGUGGUGAGGUGUAAUUCACUUGUGAUGUGUGCCUGAAAUAUUAAAUUAAUUAUUUUAGUCCUUGACAUACAGUUAUAAAUGUUACUUAAUAAAUAUCCAUAGCAUACUCUGAAAGGGGGAAAAGGAAUGUGCAGUUGUUUGGAAGACUUCUCAGUAAUGGCAUUGUUUUCUACUCAGGCAGAUCCCUGACAGACAAUUAAUAAAGAUGCUUUUGCUUUUCAUGAUUAGGUGCUUCUUAGUAAUGGAUCUUUGAUUUCCAUCUUGGUGUCCUCUUCUUCUGGUGAUAUUGAAAAAAUUUCCCUUGACAAGACUUUAACUGGAAAAGUUCCUGAUGCAGUAAACAAAGGUGUGCAAAUAAUCCUUAAUAUGAUGGAUUUUAUACCUAAAUAGCAGACUUGAUUAGUAUUCUUUUGUAUUCAUUUUAUGUAGAUUAGCCCAACAAGCCUUGUUGGUAUGUCUAAGGAACAGUAGAGCCUCAUCUCAAAGAUGAGGCAAGUUGGGCUAGUUUAUAUAAAAACUUAACAAAUCAACAGUGGUUUUAGCGGGGUCUGUACUCUUAUUGACAACAAUUUUUGUCAAUAUUAUGGAAAAAUAUUGUGGACUCACGAGACGCAACACAGUGCAGGUGCAGCGUGUUCUCCAAAACACAAAGUUAAUGGAAAACUACACAGUAUAAGGUAGAUUGGCACACUUGCAUUUCAUGGUUGAUCCUGUUGACUCCAAUUAACUUUACAUUAUAUUCACACUUUGUAGUAACUUAAACACGUAAAAAUUAGCAAUAUGAACCAAUGUUUCAGAGUCUUUAUGAUGUCAUUGUCAUGGUAAAUGUUAGGAUGAUGAAUUCUGUGAGUAUUAAUAACUGCAAUAAAUUUACAUGAUAAAGAAUGCAAGACUAGAUUACAGCGUUAAAGUGUUAAAGUAUUUCUGUAAUUUAAUCUUGCAUUCUUAAUCAUGUAAAUUUAUUGCAAUUAUUAAUUCUAGCAGAAUUCAUUAUCCUAACAUUUAUCUGGACAAUGGCAUCAUGAAGAUUCCAAAACAUAGCUUCAUAUGGCUAAUUUUUACGUGUUUAGGUAUAACUAAAUCUCUGUAGUUACUGUAGUAACUUAUGAUAGAAAUACUACCUGUGCAUUUCAGUGGUCAAAAGGAUGAUAAAGAAAAGCUGUGCUAAUUUCCUUACAUGCUGCUGGAGAGUGAUAUAUCUCAUUUUUAUUUUCAGCAAUUGUCAGAGACUCUUUUUUGUUGUUCUCGCUAAAGGAAAAACCUAAAAUUUGCUUUAUGUAUUUUAACAAAAAACCAAGCCUGGACUUCAAAAAGCUGGAAAAAAUGUCAGCCAUGGAACCAAAGGUAGUUCUAUUGAACUGUAUCUUUUUAGUCAAUUCUGUCCAACAAAACCUCCUAUGUUAUUUACUGGUCGUUCUUGCCUCAGAAAUGCAGUCCUAGUGAUACACCUGGCAGUGCAAGGGUAUACAAGUUUUUUCAUGGAAGGCAUGUAGAAAUUCAAGACUCUGUUCCCUCCCCUGUGAAAAAUCCUAGCUAUGCUUCCCCCUCCCUCCUCUUCCCCACAUGCCACAUCCUAUCCUCUAAACUGCAGGGUACCUGUUCAACUCCAUCCUCUUCUCUCCAACUUUUCUGGCUUCAAUGCAUCUUCUCUUUUCCUCAUUAUGGAACACAACUAAAAUUUAUUGUUAUAAUGGAUCAAUAUCAGUAUCUGGGCAACUGCCCACCUACCCCUCCCCUAACCCAACAUUAACCCUAACUUGUUAUCAAUUGACUGUUGUUGGGUCAGGGGAGGGGUAGGUGGGCAGUAGCCCAGAUAUUGAUAUUGACCUGUAGUAAUUUUUAUUCUCUUACUGACCUUCUUUCUAAGACAAUGUACAUUGAUCUACCUGGGCCAUCAAGUAAGAGACUUGACAGGCACUUGUCAAUCAACUCACGCCAAGACAUGGUAAGAGGAUUAAAAUAAUUAAUAAUUAAUCCAGCCUGGACCCUGGAUUUAAUCCUUCAACCUCUAAGAGUGACUGGCAUCUAAUUUCUCCUUAUUAUAUCACUCCUGAAUCAAACAUUAAGGUCACAAGAAUGAAGGAGCUGAUCACCAACUAAAGCAGCUCUUGAUUGUUAGGCAAAUUCUCCAUGUCAGUAUCUUAGGAAAUGUCCAGAGAACAGUAUGGAGAAUAUGCACACUGAUGUUAGGGUAUAAAGAGCCAGAGGUGUAGGUUUGAGUCUUAACCAAGUGGAUUAACUUAGGUAAUGGAAACUUAGAUGAUAUCCAAUAGAAAUGAGGCAUGAAGUUCAUUAGAUGUAACCUUUGAUCAUUGUUAAUAGGCACUGGUUUGGUGGUCUGGCCACAGUGAAGAAGCUUGGCCAUGGUCUCCAAUGACUGCUGAAAAGGACAGAGCAAAUAUGGCCAUCUUUAGUUUGAAUGGGUAAGGAUUUUGAAUACCACCAGUGCAUGAUUGUUACACAAAAUGAAUCAUUUUUUUAAUCCGUUUCUCUGAUUAAAGCUUCUUUUUAUUUCUGAUGAUUAUCAAGGCCAAAGAUUGAGAUGCUGUCCUUUGUUAGAUCAGACUCAGAGCCUAUACAUGCUUUGUUCAGGUAUGUAAAUACUUUUGACCUUGUUAUCAUCAUCUUGAAGUCUUGAAGUCUGACUUUAAUAAACCAUAAGAUAACAGGUACAUAUUGUAUGUUACAUAAACAAGAAACUGUGUAAUGAUAAUUACAAUAAUAUACUAUGGUCUAAAUUAAAUUAUGUAAUUAUAACAGGUUGUGUUCAAAAAUUAGUCUAUUCACAAAUGUGUUCAUGAAAUGUUUUGUGUUAACCCUUUCACUCCCAAGAUCUAGUUAGUAAUUCUCCUUACUAUCUGCCAUACAAUCCUUAUGAUGUUAGUUCAGAGAAUUUGGUAUUGGAUCAACUAAUAAUCCCAUGAUUGAUAUCCUUUUCUAUUCCCAUCACCUGCCUGCUUGAUAUUGUAUUGAUAUUGUAAGGAGAAAUUCUGUCUUGGUCACUUGUGGGAGUGAAAGGGUUAAUCUUUGGGCGGAGGCAAACCAUUCAAUGUAAAUUAUAUUGCUGGGGUUUAGGCUUCGGCAGAAUUUCAUUUAAUGGAUGAUGGCUUAGGGUCCUAGCUCCACUGAAUAAUUUCUUAUCCUGCUUAUGCAUGAUAUCCUUGACAUUCAAUGGGAUUGAAAUAUAACGCUGCUUGUAACAUCUGUUUGAAAUAUUACCACAUUCCCUUCCUCUCCUUGGAGAAGAUAGGGCAACUCCCUCUCAGUCUCCUGCUUGCGCUUUCCUGUGUAUCUGUGACUGCUUCAUUCCAGGUUCUAAGCCUCUGCUCCUUGAACUCUCUUUCUAAUGUCCUACGUCACAUCUUGUGUAGCCUCAUUGUUGUAUAUUUAUUUGGUUUAAUCAUCACAUGCCUGAACAAUGUUCACAAAUAUUUUCUUCUUAAAUUCCUUAGUUUCAAUCAGCCCCACCACAUUCUUACCUUGGAGCAGUCAUCAGCUGGAGGAGGAGAAAAUAGCAUUGAUAGUUGUAUUUAUGUUUAUAAUGGCACCAAGGUUGGUCAAGUAACAAUUAUGUGCAUCAACAUUAGUAUGCAUCUUCUCCAUACUGUUCUUUAUACAUUUCCUAUGGUGCUGAUAAGGAGAACUUGUUCAACAAUCAAGAGCAUCUUUAGUUGGUGAUCAUUUCCUUUAUUCUUGUGACCUUAAUAUGUGAUUCAGGGGUGAUGUUGUAAGGAGAAAUUAGAUGCUUAUCACUCUUCAGGGUGAAAGGGUUAAAGACCAAAUAAUCCAUUUCUGCAGCUGCUUAUCCUGAUUUCUGUCAGUCAACAGGAUCUUUUGUAAAAAUUGCCAUUAAAAGUAUUUUUGAUAUGUGAAUUUUACUUCAACAGAUUGAAAAACUCUCUACUACCACUAUUCCAUUAAAAGGUAUUGAACAAGGAAAUUCAGGUGUUAACUUGGUUUGUUUUUUUACCCAUUUUUUUAAAAAAUAAAGCAACCCUCUCCAGUUAUUUUUACUGACAUCAAUUUGUAUCCUGGUAUGUGUUUAGCUUCAAUUAUUGUUCAACAAAGAAAUCACGCUGAGGACAAACUACUGCUGGGAUGUGAGGAUGGCACUUUGGUAUGUGAACAAAAUAGAUGUUAUUCAAAUUGUGCUUAAUUGUAUGGAAACUGAGCCUUGCAGUUUAAAUAUUUGUUGUGAUACUUAAAUUAAACAUCACACAUCAUCUAAGAGUUAAAGUUGUUUAUUACAUGGCUAGUAAUUUUUCAUCUUGAUGAUCCAUUUAGUUAAGCUAAAUUGGAGUCCUUGACAAGUAAGUAACAUGAAACAAAUGAUGAACUAUUACAGCCCCUGUAAGAACUUUCCUUGUACUUUUGGUUGAUUGACUGACUGACUGACUGACUGACUGACUGACUGGUUUGCUGACUGACUGGCUGACUGAUUUACUGACUGGCUGAUUAACCGACCAACUGACUGACUCAAUGACCGAUUUACUGACUCACUGACUGCAUGUGAAUGACAUUUCUUGAUAGAUGCUGUAUGAUGACCACAGGCGAGUGACCCAGAUGACAAAAGGCAGCCUGGUAAGAAAUGUGCACAUCACAGCUUCAUGAUUAUAAAUUUUACUGUAAUGUGCUGAUAGUUUUAUUUCAUGUAUGAUAUUAUAAUUGUGUGAAAAAUAUUCAGUGCACUUUCAGUUGCUUGACUGAUUAUGACUGACUAACUGAUUGACUGACACAUUGACUCGCUGGCUGACUCACUGAUUGACUAAGUGACUGAUCGAUUGAUUGAUCAAAAUUUUGAUCAAUUGAUUGAUUGACUGAUCAACUGACUGAUUAAAUGGCUGACUGACUGAUUGAUUGAUCUUGUGUUGAAUGAUGAAUGUGUUGCAUUUCUUUAGAUUCCGUCAAUUAUACAUUGGCAUCCUGGUGAUGCUGUGGUGCUAGUAUGUAGUGCUGAUGGAGACAUUAAGGUAAAUACAACAAGAAAUGUGUAGCUUUUAACUCCCUUCAAAUAAUCACCAGUUUUAAAUGCAGCUUUUGCAAAAGAUUUCUUUGAGGCUUUUUAGCAUGGGUGGUUUAAAUUGUGUUAUUAUUAAAUGUUAUUACUUAAUCAAUGACUAAUGAAUGUGUGGAUUUCUUCUAGGUAUACGACAUGGCAUUGGCUCCAGUCCUUAUUCAACUUGUAGCAGAAAAUCCUUCCCCACAACAUACGUUGAAGCUCCGUGAAUACUUACUGUAAGCAGAUUUUUAACAUUUGAUGAUUACUAUAACCCAACAAGAAUUACUGAUUUUUUUUGCUCAACUUACCAAGUCUCUUUGGUGGAUAUAUUUUUUAUAAUAAGUAUCUUUUUUGUUAAUUAGCAUCAAAUUGAAUUGUUGGCACAAUUUCUUUGUGCUGUCUCUCCCCACCCCAAACGUAGAUAAGGACAAGCAAAUUGUGAGCAAAACCAGACAAGAUGCAAAGUAGGGGAGGGUGGUCUAGAGGAAAAAACAAUACUUAUGGUCUCUUUAUCCAACUGUGACAGGAAUAAACUCUAAUUGCUAUCAAUGGAUGUCAAGCCCUUUUUUUUGCCUUGAAGGGGAACUCUGUUUUAUGUUCUAAAUUUUACAGGAUAAUGUUUAGAAUUUGUCUUUUAGGAACCCAGUGAAACUGAAUAAGGUGUCCUGGUCAUGCGAAGCUCCUAUUGGUAACCUCUCAGAUAACAGUUUAUGUUGCCAUGACAACUUGGUUAUCUUGUUUGACAGGUUUGUAGUGAUACACAAUUUUUGACAGCAGGGUCACUACCAAUUUUUCCUUGACCCUUUACACCCUAUCAUCAGUAUGCAUAUUCUCUAUACUGUUCUUUAUACAUUUCCUAAAGUACUGAUAAGGAGAAUUUGUUUAACAAUCAAGAGCUUCUUUAGUUGGUGAUCAUUUCCUUUAUUCUCAUGACCAUAAUGUGUGAUUCGGGGUUAUACUGUGAGAUGAAAUUAAAUGUUGGUAGCUCUUAGUGGUCUAAGGGUAAAUGCUCAUUCCGUUUCACGGUCACUUUCCAAAGGUGAGUGACUUCAUUUUGAAAAUUUUCAUUAAAUGUUUCUGUCUUUUACAGGGGACCUUUGUGUUUGUUGAGACUUGAAUUAGGUGUGUUGACAAAUGGACGACUUGGCACAGUGGAGCUGGUGUCAGAGUAUAUUAAACAUGAACAAGCUGAAGAGGUAUGUAGUGUGGAAAUCAACAUUAUAAUGUGAGGAUAGAGAGACUGGUCUCUGAUGUCAUGAAAAAGUUUGAUUAUGAUAAGUGAUACUGGUACCUUUUAUUUUACAGGCAGUGAACUUUCUUAACAGUAUGAACUGGAACACGGAGGGCAAUGCUUGUUUUGCCUGCAUGUCCAUUAUUAUGAAUUAUUUACUAAAACUUCCGCUGAACUCUGAGAGGGAAGGUAAUUAAGAAGACCAUUAGUUGCAAUUAAUAUUUAUGAUUCUAAUUCUCCUCUGGGACAAUGCAAUUUUCCAAUUUCAUAGUUUACAAUAGUUGUGGCAAACUAUGUUACCUCCAACUUGACAUUUCAGUCUUGAUUUUACUAGUUGUAUAUGAAUUAAUAUUUUCCUCCUCAGGUCUUCUUGAAGAGACACUUGGUAGUUUUUAUGCACCCAGCCGACCGCUCUCAGAUGAAACAGUUCUACAUCACAGAGACAUGAUCAGUAAAUUGUCUAGAAGAUUCUUCCAUCACUUGCUUAGGUGUUUAUGUCACUUAACUUAUACUUUUUGCUCUUAACAUCCCAGUUUAAAAGUCUGUGAUACAUCUCUUAUAUUUUUAGCUUUGAGAAUCUGCCAUUUGAUCAGAGAAGUUCCCCUAAUUGAUAUGAUUGUCUUGUCACCUUUCUGCCCAUGAAUGUAUUGAUAGUCUCAAAAGAAAUUGGGUAGUAAUUGGCACUCUUGAUUGUGGAAGGGUUAAAGCUUGAAUACUGACAAUUAUCUAAAAUUUUGAUUACACUCAAAAAAAUCUCAGACUGUUCAUUAUGAAAAUUUUGAAGGUUUUAACCCUUUAAUCCCAACUCUCCUUACUGUCUGCUCUACAAUUCUCAUAACAUUAAUUUUGAAAAUUUGGUAUUUGAUCAACUAAUAAUCCCUUAAUUGAUAUUUUUCUUUAUUCUCAAUACUUGUCUGCUUGAUUUUCUGUUGAUAUUGUGAGGAGAAAAUCUGUCUUGGUCACUGAUGUAGAUUGUCCUUAAUCCCCAAUAACUGGUUCCCAUUUUUAGAUUAUUUCUCUACAACAGGGCCUAGAUGUAAUAAUGGUAACAGCAAAUUAUUAUUAAUAAUUUCACAAUAAACUAUUAAAUUAAAUGUUGCUUUAUUUUUUGCUCUUUUACAUGGUUAUGCUAGAUUUAGAAGAUUUGAAAAAGCAUUUCUAUUAGCUGUAGACAUAGGAGCAAAAGACCUUUUCAUGGUGAGAAACAAUUAUUGUUAAUAAAGAUCACUUUGAUUACAACAUGUAUUUUACUUGUUUCUAUAAUUUCAUGUCUUUUUUUGUGUUGUGAAGUUUUUCAUUUCUAAUCUUUUGUGGUCAUUUAUUUUUCAGCUCUUUGUCAUGUUUGUAUAAACUGUAAGAUGUUAUAAUGAAGGUUUAUUUUGCGUCCUUUGGUAGGACAUUCAUUACCUGGCUGCUGACCUUGGUAAUUUACCACUUGCUGAAGUAGCAAAGCAAAGAGCCAUACAAAUUGACAAUGAAUCUCUAACAUCAGGUACAUUUGUAUCAAAAAGUAAAUAAUACUAAACAGGUUUUUCAUAUGACCUGCAAGGCCUUGCCUAUGCAAUCUUUUUAUUAGUAAACCAUUUUAGUGAAAAGUUUUGUGUGUCUGGCAAGAUGAGUUUAAGUGAUCAUGAUGACCCAGUCAACAAGAAGCCAUCUGGCCCAGUAAAAGUAAAUCCAUUCCAAAGGAAACCAGAAGUGAGAAAGGGAAUUACAUUUUCCACAAAUAUGGGGAUUUCUGUUCUCCUGUGACAUAAUUAGAGACAAAGGUUUUAUUAUACAACUAUUUUCCUAUUCUUCCCUGUCAACACAAUGUGUUUUAAAUUUGCUCAAAUGUCAUUUCCUAAAUUUCACCAACUUUUCAGCGAUUCAGGGUGUUAAAGUUUUUUUGCUUUGAUUUCUCAUUGGCUCCAUGUGUUUUUCUUCCACUCUGAUAGGCAGUUGUGAUAAUUUUUGUUUGUUUUUUACAACGCUUGAAAGAAAUUGACUCCUAUUAACACUUUGAUUUUUUUUUGUAAGAUACUGGUGAAUCAUAUGAUGAUGAAGAAGAGGACCUGUCCUACAUUGAGGAGGAAAUGGCCAAUGGUCUUAUAAGGAGUAGCGAUGGUGUUUAUUAUCCCAGUGAUGAGUAUGAUUACAUGCAUAAUCACACAGUAACAUCUCAUCACCUGAUGCCAUUGGAGGAUGAGGACAGUGAUGGUGCCAAUUUUAUGCAAGGAGCACAAAGAAGUGAGUUUCAGUGCUGCUCAUCACUGAUAAUGUUUAUAGAGUUCACUUUCUUCCUUCUCUAAAUCGUUGGUUAACAUUUUUUUGAUGACAGGAAGUUGUAAUGACCCACAUCAUUUGAAAAAUUGCAGAUGCGUGAUAGGAAAAAAUGCCAAUUUCUAAAUAGGUUUUAAAAAACUAGUUUUAAAGGAACACCAUUAACUCUGCAGAAGAUGCAAAAUAAGUGGACUUGGUCAUUUUGUAACAUCAUGUUUAUGAUGACUACACCUGUACCUCAAAAUAGCGGACAUUUCAUAUGACUAUUUUCUCUUGUCUGAUUAUCUCAAACAUACUUGAUUUUCCCACUUUGAAUUACUGGCAGUUUUAUUUUUAUUAUUAUUUCCUGCCUUUGUCUUUCAUUCUAGGUCAGCACUAUUCAGGGCAAGGAAUUGAUGAAGUAAGUUUAUGGUAAACUUUCAUAUUCAACUCACAUCAAUAUUAGUACUCCGACCUAUUCAAUAAACAUAACUUACAGAUUGAUAAGUUCUGCUACCAUUUUGAUCCUUUUACAAAGCAACUUGUUCUCUGAGUUUGUGAAAUUCCCAUCAUUACCACUCUUUUUUGAUUAGGAUUAAACAAAACGUAUGAGUAAAGAUGUUGAGCUUUUUCACAGGCAAGAAAUUAAUAAAGUUUAAACACUCACAAGGAAUCAAACCUGGGACCUAAGAUUUCACAGUCAUAUGCCAUACCAGUUUAUGUAAGCUUUUGCAGACAUCUAGAUUGGUCUUACAACUUUUUUCUUUAUUAUUAUGUAAAACAUAAGAAAUCCCUCCCAUUUUGCGAUGGGUUUGUUCAGUUUUAGAUAACAGAAGACUUCAAAAUAUGGCAAGAAAGUCAGUGACACAAUCAGAUACACCUCAUGUGCCACUUUUUUGUUCUUACCACAUUUAAUGUAAACUGUGACUUAUUACUGAACAGAUGCUCAACAUUGUGGAAUCUUUUUGUUACAUAUACUGAUGUUUAAUUAGUAAUUGAACGAUUUUCUUGGCAGCUGGGAAUUGAUGAUUCAGAGGAGAUAGCAAAUCCUGCUGGAACACUGAAAAUUGUACAUUUUGGUGUGGUGUGAUACAAGUAUUAUUCCUCAUGUUCUGACUAAAGUUUUUUUCAAGCUCUUAAUGUAUGAAUCUCAAAGCUAUCAUCUUUAAGAGAUAAGUGUUGAUAACACAAACUACAGCGUUCACUACUAUUAUCUUCAGAGUAACAAUUUGUCUGGUAGAUAAAAUGAUAUCUGCCCUUUCUUAUAUCCUUUUUGCUUUCAAGAUUUGAUAUGCAACUCUCCUUUAACUUGUCAUACAUUUGCUUAUAUAUUAGUUAUGAGAAUUUGGUUACCUAUUAAGAAAGCAUUUUCUAGUUGAUUACUCUGUUUAUUCUCAUCACUUUCUUGUUGGAUAUCGUAUUGAAAUUGUGACGAGAAGGUGUAAGUUUGUCACCUUUGGUAAUCAGAAACAGGUUUUAAAAAACCCUCUCUGUUAUGUUCAAGUUCACAUUUAUGUUCUUUAGGGAAGCUACACCUUAAAUGUUAACUCUUGGUGUAGAUUUAUUUAAUGUUUGUAAUUUUGUGUCUAUGCUCUACAAACUGCAUUUGUACAUUGUACUCAAAUUAAUGAUAUUUAUACUGUGUUUACAUGAAAUCCCAUAUUUUCAAAUUUAUUAUCUUUAUUACCGUUCAUUGUACAGGCAUGAGUCAAGAUACACUUUACAUUUUCAAAACAUAUUUUAUGUUAAAUUUUAUACAUUUCAUAUGUAAAUUAUUUUCAUACUAAGAGCAUCGUUACAGUUCUUGUUACACAAUAAUAAUACUGAUGGUUGUUAAGUAACUAUUUGGC